CGGGACACAGGUUCCUGCCGCCGCUUCCGCGCACUGCGUUCCGAGCCGCCGCAGGGGGCACCUGCCGCGCCCGCCGUUCCGAGAGCCCGGGGCCGGCCGCGCCGCCCUGCCCCACUCGGCUGCGGAGGCCUCGGCAUGGGGCUGCUGUCGCAAGGCUCCCCGCUGAGCUGGGAGGAGACGCAGCGGCACGCGGAGCACGUGCGCAGGCACGGCAUCCUCCAGUUCCUGCACAUCUACCGCGCCGUGGCCGAGCGCCAGAAGGACGUUCUCAAAUGGGGGGACGAGGUGGAAUAUAUGUUGGUAGCUUUUGAUCAUGAACAUAAGAAAGUACGUUUGUCACUAACUGGAGAAGAAGUUCUUUAUACACUGCAAGAGAAGGGGGAAAGAGUCAAUCCCAACCACCCAACACUUUGGCGUCCAGAAUAUGGAAGCUAUAUGAUUGAAGGGACACCUGGGCAGCCAUAUGGAGGAACCAUGUCUGAAUUUAACACUGUACAGGACAACAUGAGGAAACGACGGCAGGAGGCUGCUUCUGUGUUGAAAGAAGAUGAGGCUCUUUGUACUGUGACAUCAUUUCCAAGAUUAGGAUGUCCUGGAUUUACGCUACCGGAAUGUGAGCCGACGCCAGUAGAAGGAGGCGCUUCAAAGUCUCUCUUCUUUCCAGAUGAAGCUAUCAACAAACAUCCUAGAUUUAGUACUCUGACCAGAAACAUUCGACACCGAAGAGGAGAGAAAGUAGUGAUAAAUGUACCAAUAUUUAAAGAUAAGAAUACUCCAUCACCACUUAUAGAAACAUUUCCUAAGGAUGAUGGAGAAGCAGCAAAAGCAGCUAAACCAGACCAUAUAUAUAUGGAUGCCAUGGGUUUUGGAAUGGGCAACUGCUGCCUUCAGGUAACAUUCCAGGCUUGCAGCAUUUCUGAAGCAAGAUGCCUUUAUGAUCAGCUAGCCCCAAUAUGUCCUAUUGUGAUGGCAUUAAGUGCGGCAGCUCCAUUCUACAGAGGCUACGUGUCGGAUAUUGACUGUCGCUGGGGAGUAAUAUCUGCAUCAGUAGAUGACCGAACACGAGAGGAGAGAGGAUUGGAGCCACUGAAGAACAACCAUUAUAGAAUCAGUAAAUCCAGAUAUGAUUCCAUAGACAGUUAUCUAUCUGAAUGUGGUGAAAAAUACAAUGACAUUGAUUUGACAAUAGAUAAAGAAAUCUACGAGCACCUAGUAAAGGAAGGCAUUGAUCAUCUUUUGGCACAACAUAUUGCACACUUAUUUAUUCGAGACCCGUUGACUUUGUUCGAAGAGAAAAUACAUCUAGAUGAUGCAAAUGAAUCUGAUCAUUUUGAGAAUAUUCAGUCCACAAACUGGCAGACAAUGAGAUUUAAACCACCUCCUCCGAAUUCAGAUAUUGGAUGGAGAGUAGAAUUUAGGCCCAUGGAGGUUCAGUUAACAGACUUUGAAAACUCUGCAUAUGUUGUGUUUGUGGUAUUGCUAACCAGAGUGAUUCUGUCAUAUAAACUGGAUUUUCUCAUUCCUUUGUCCAAGGUUGAUGAAAAUAUGAAGGUAGCCCAGAAACGAGAUGCUGUUCGGCAGGGAAUGUUUUAUUUCAGAAAAGAUAUUUGUAAAGGUGGAAAUGCUGUUGUAGAUGGAUGUGGCCCAGCACAGAAUGGGAAAGAGACAGAUGCAGAAGAGUACACCUUGAUGAGCAUAGACACAAUCAUCAAUGGAAAGGAUGGUGUCUUUCCUGGCUUAAUCCCAAUUCUAAACUCUUACCUCGAAAACAUGGAAGUGGAUGUGGACACAAGAUGCACCAUUCUGAACUACCUGAAGUUAAUUAAAAAGAGAGCCUCUGGAGAAUUAAUGACAGUUGCUCGGUGGAUGAGGGAGUUUAUUGCAAACCAUCCUGACUACAAGCAAGAUAGUGUGAUCACUGAUGAAAUGAAUUACAGCCUUAUUAGGAAAUGCAACCAAAUUGCACAAGAAAAAGCAGAGUGCCCUGAAUUACUUGGAGUAGGAUUUAAGAAAAUAAAACACAGUGGAAAUAAAACUAGCUCUUUUUAAUGAAAUGCUUUAAUACCUAGUAGAAAGUGUAAACAUUCUAGUGAAGAAUGAGUUACAGUACUGUGUAUCCAGUAGUUUCAGGUUGUGAAGACCAAAACAGGUAGUACUGCACCUAACUUGGGCCAAUCUGCCUAGAUAUUCAUUUAAGGCUUCCUAAAAUGGGCAUAUUCUUAUUGUUAAGGUUUAUACAGUGUACAUGUAAAUAGUAAAAUAUUUUUAUGACUAACAUCAGUGUAUUUUAAUAACAUUGUACCUAAAGUUGUUGUGAACCAGCUUGUAACUUUUUUAUGCUUAUUCUGGAAAAAAAAAUUACUGUCCUGAACAACUUCAUAAAUGUAAUAUAAUGGUACUUGUAUAUUAUAUGCAUUCCAGAUAUUGAAUGUUCACUGUAAUUUUUUGUUACCUGGAAUGUACUAAUCUACCUAAUUUUAAAGAAAAUUUUGGGACCUGAUUCACAGAACUUCCCUUUCCAUCCUCCGUUGAGUAUAUAAAACAGAAUAAAUUGACAUGUUCCCUAUUUGUUCAUCUUUGUGCCAGUCCCUUGGCUACCACAACACCUGCAUGCACUCAUCAACCACAGACCAGUAGAAUCUGCUCAGUCUUCACUCAAAUAUGCAAAAUCUGCUCAUUUCCUGAUGAGCAGAGCCUAAGGGAUGGCCUGACAAGGCUCUUUAGGACAACCACACCACAUGCACAAAAGCUUCAGAAAUAAAUGCAUCCUUUACUGGAUAUAGUUUUACAAUUCUGGUAAAUUCCUGUGCUCUAACAAUUCCAGAAAUAGAUUUUACCGUGGGUGAAAGUCUUUCAAUUUAAACAUGGAGAGAGAGUGAGAACUGGAA